ACAGACUUAAGUCCAGGUCCAAGUCCAAGUCCAAGUCAAGUCCAAUCCCAAGUCCAAGUCCGCAGUUUCCAGAUCCCAUCAUUAUGGCAAUUAAGUUGGUAGCCCUUUUGGCCAUCGGCCUGGCAAUCUUGGCCGUCUGCGAAGCCCGUCACGUGAGUGGCCACCGUAGGCAGCACUACGAGCAGCGGGCGCUCAUAGCGAAGCCGCACAGUGGGCCCCAGGGACGCGUCUUCCCCGGAGCCGUGGCCAUCAAGAAGCUGGUGCUGCUGAAGUUCAAGAAGAUCGUGCCCAUCUCCCUCAUCCUGCUGAAGUCGAGCAACGAGAACGAGGCCGAGCUGGUGCCCGUCUACCCCACCGACCAGAUCCCCGAGAACGUCCAGUUCAUCCCGACGCCCAACGGCAUCUCCGGCCACAAGGACGUCCAGGCCAUCGCCAUUCCCGCCGAGCUGCACGACCAGCUGCAGCUGAACGGACUGACCAACCUGGAGAACAUCGAGGCCCUGCUCCAGAGCAGCUCCAUCUCCGGCGCCGACAACGAGGGCGAGACCCCGGUGGGCAACAGCAUCGCCGUGGCCCAGCCCGAGGAUCUGGUGCUGGAGCAGCCGGAGAACGAUGAGGAUCAGCUGUUGGAUGGCGCCUCCGCCGUUCCCGCAGCCGCCCCCGCAGCCACCCCCGCCGCCCUGCGCCGCCUCUCCGCCGCCCAGCAGCAGCAGCAGCAGACCAGCGUGGAGGAGAUCCCCCUGCUCCUGUACUCCGCCGGCGAGGGCUCCUCCUCCGGAGGAGGAGUGGCCUCCGGACGUCGUUUCGUGGCCGCCGCCCCUGCGCUGCGCCGUCGCCAGCAGUUCUACAACUAGGCUGCAGAUCCGGUCCCCCGAUCCAGGACCCCACCCCCUUUCCAUCCCCCUCUCUCCUCUCGAUGGCUGUCACACGGG